AUGGCGGGAAAGAGGAAGGCGCCUCCUGCUAAGGACGCAGCGCCCACCAAGAAAGCAAAGGCAACUACCAAUGGCUCGACUUCGAAGGAUACCGCAUCGAACGGCCCGGCCGAGGAGUUCACGAUCCAGAUUGUCGCCGGUUCAUAUGACCGAGUGCUCCAUGGGAUCACCGCCACGGUCAAACCCGAGGGCACUGUCGAUUUCGCCGAUACCUUCCUCUUCAAUGCGCACACCUCGGCAGUACGCGCCGUCGCUGUGUCGCCCCCUUCAGCUCCUGUCCCCGGCCAAGGCCAAAAGGUCUUCUUGGCAUCUGGAAGCACCGACGAAAGAAUCAACCUGUACAAUCUGUCCGCGCAUCCUCCGAGCCGCAAGAACCAAGAACUUCUCUCUUCCGUCGCUCCCCGCCCGAUCCUCGAAAACCCCAAGAACCGCGAGCUGGGCACAUUACUUCACCAUUCAUCAAGCAUCACCAAGCUUGACUUUCCUACACGGUCUAAGCUCUUGUCUUCGAGCGAAGAUUCCACAAUCGCCAUUACCAGGACAAGAGAUUGGAACGUCCUUUCGACAAUCAAGGCGCCGAAGCCCGUGGCUCAAGGCAGACCUACCGGCGACACGGCCCCCUUCGGCGGAACGCCGUCCGGCGUCAACGACUUUGCUGUCUACCCGAAUAUGAAGCUGAUGGUUAGUGUCAGCAAAGGCGAGAAAAAAUUACGACUGUGGAACCUGAUGACUGGCAAGAAGUCCAGCCCUCUCAAAUUCCCAUCAGACUUAUUAAGGGAGGCUGGAGAGGGCAAGUAUUCAACUGGCGAGGGUCACAAGAUUGUUUGGGGGCCGUGGGACGAUACAGAUGAGUUUGCCAUCAGUUUCGAUCGCAACGUCGCGGUGUUCGGCAUGGACGGUGUACCAAAAUGUGUGGUUAUGCCCGACACUCGGACUAAGAUCCACGAUGUUUCUUACAUCGGCAUUGAGGGCGAGACGAAACAGAGCGUGUUGGCGGUGUCGACCGAGGAUGGACGGGUAGUCUUCUUCUCUACGCAAACGGAUGACCUGAACGACAUUGAGAAAGACAAGAAGUACCCUACGGCAAAACUGAUGGGCCAAGUUGGUGGCAAGGACGCCGGUGUCUCUGGCCGCAUCAAAAGCAUGGUUCUUCUUCAAUCCAAGCAAGACUCGACCGCCGUGUAUGUGGCCGGAGGCAGCAGCGAUGGCAAGGUGCGACUAUGGAGGAUUGGCAAGAAAGAACUGGUUUCAGGAGGGGGCAAGCAAAUGGGAACGCUGCUGGGAACGUACGACACGCAAAAUCGCAUCACCUGUAUGACGGCUUUUGGUAUGAUACCCCGGCCGGAGGGAGUGGAGGACAGCGAGGACGAGGUUGAGGAGUCGGACGAUGAUUCUGAGGAUGAAGAUGACGAGUGA